AUGUCCAACGUAGACCUUGACUCGCUGCCGGUGCAGUUCAAGCAGGCGGUCGAAGCGAUCCGUGCUGCCGUACCGGCCGAAUUGGCGUCUCCGAAAUGGGGCAUCAUUUGUGGGUCCGGGUUGUCCGGUCUGGCAUCGACGCUGGAAUCGGCGGUACAUGUGCCAUAUACGUCGAUUCCAGGAUUUGCGGAAUCCACCGUGCAAGGCCACACGUCGUCGCUUGCGUUUGGAUAUCUCAGUACGACGCCGUCGAAGCGUGUGGCGGUAGUGGCGUGUUUGGGACGAUUCCACACGUACGAAGGACAUUCGGCGGCAACGUGUGUAUUCCCAACACGCGUGAUGAAGUUGCUCGGUUGUCGGGCACUGGUCGUAACUAACGCGGCGGGCGGACUGAACGAUACGUUUCAGGUGGGAACGAUCAUGUCGAUUCACGACCACCUUUCGCUUCCCACUUUGACGGCGACUAAUCCGCUGAUUGGAGCCAACAUUUCGGCUCUGGGGCCUAGGUUUCCGCCCUUGUCGAAUGCGUACGAUCUCGAACUGCGUUUGGCUCUCUAUCGCGCUGCCGAGAAGCUGUCGCUGCUCGACUCGCUCGCCUCGGGAACGUACGCCUACGUGCUCGGUCCAUCGUACGAAUCGCGUGCCGACGCCAACUUUCUCAAGAGCGUAGGUGCCGACGCCGUUGGCAUGUCCACCGUCCCCGAAGUCAUCGCCGCUGCGCACACUGGUCUGAAAACGCUUGCCAUCAGUCUGAUCACCAACAAAGUGGUCCUCGAACCCCACUUUGACUUUCACUCGGCACUCAAAGCCGAAAAACAAGGCGGCGAAAAACUCGAACUGAUCGUCAACCGACUAAUCCAAUCCGAUCAAGCCGCAGCAGCCAACCAGGAAGAAGUUCUCCAAGCUGGUGCAAACAGAGCCGACGAUAUCCGACGUCUCGUCGCAGAAGUCAUUUGCUCCACUCCGGUCUAG